AUGGCUGGUCGCAAAGUAAUCUUUUUAAUUGAUGGAGCAAGAUGUCAUUCUUCUAGUAAUUUAAAACUACAUAAUACAACUGUUCACACCCUCCCCCCAAAUACAACUUCUCAUAUACAACCUAUGGAUGCCGGCAUUAUAAUGUCUUUCAAGUAUGAUGAUAAUAAAAUGGAUGUUCUUACUACUAUAAAAUUUAUCGUUUACGCAUGGAGAGAGGUGUCAGCAGCAACAAUACAAAAUUGCUUUAAACACACAAGAAUUCUUCCGAUUGUUCAAGAUAAUGAGAAUGCUUUUGACGACAACGAUAAUGAUUUGAUGGAAGAAUUGUAUAAUAAUGUAGAGAUGCUUAACUUUCAAAAUAUGAUGGAUUUGAAAGAAUACAUUAAUUAUCCAGAAGAAAAAUAUAUAACCGGAGUGUUAAGUGACCAGGAAAUUAUAAACCAAAUUACAUACCUAGAACCGGAAACAGCUGAAGAUGAUGAGGAAGAUGAUAGUACAGAAUUACCUCAAGUUAAUCACAAAGAAGCAUUAGACACUAUACGUUUAUUAGAGUUAUAUCUUAUGCAACAGAACCUUAGCAAUGCAAUUCAUAUAGAACAUGACUCAGUUUUAUCAAAAUUGUCUGGGCUA